CAGGCCUAAAAUAAAUCUUUUUAAAAAAAGUCUUUUGGCUUCAUUUUAGAUACUUGACAAGCUGCUCCCGCAGCAGAUGAGGAAAUGAAAAGGACUUAGUAGCCAAGUGCUCUCAGAGGAGGAAGUGGAGGGAGGGCCUGCUCCACCAGCUGCCGAGACCCACUGAAAAGCCUCCAUGGUGCAGGUGGACGCUGAGGGGGCAAGGAGAGCCCAGAAAGGCCCUCGCUGAAGUGGACACUGAGGAGCAGGGAGCAAGGACAGCCACGAACUAAAUGGUAGUGAGCCCCGGGGACCCACUGAGGAGAAUGAAACGUGAGCUCUGCCUCACAUGCUUAGGAAGUGGACUGGAGAGCAGGUAGCCUGCAGAUGUCACGGUGAAAGGUAACAUGUUUUCAAGGUAUUUUAGAAGAUCAUAAAAGUCAUGUGACAAAUAGGACCUGAAACCAGUUUGAUAAAUUGGACUACAUAAAAAAAACCUUUUUGGACUUUUUCCAUCCUUACUGUUGGUAUUUGGGAAAUCAAGUUCAUAACAUUUAAGGAACAGCUUAUGAGAGACCACAUUAAACUAACUCUCGCCACUACCAUGAUAAAGAGCACAAAAAAGCAAAUUACAGAGCAGAAAGCAUGGGCUCCCCACCCCGACAGUGGCUUGCAUCUUAAUGUGAUUUUUUUUUUGUCUUAUAAUUCAGACUUGACAACCAAAUAGAAAACUGGCCAGAGGCUGAAACCUGCGCUUCAGAGAGGACAGCCCACCGGCCAGUGAGCCUGAGCUGCCACCUCACGGGGAUGGAGGAGACACAGACAAGGAAAGCCACUGUCCCCUCCGGGGGCACCUGGCCACCCGACAGGAGGGGGUUAAUGGAGCCCAGAGCCAGCAGGGAUGAGCUGGCCUGUGACAGGCCUGGCCGCGCUGGAGGUGGGGAAAUCCAGAAGGCAGGACAGCCAGCCCCAGCAGACCUGCUGUCUGCUGUGCAUGCGGGAUGGCCCUGAGGAAAGGAGGCCUGGCCCUGGCAGUGCUGCUGGUCUCCUGGGCAGCGCUGGGCCCCCGUGGCCUGGAGGGAGUGGAGCCUGGAGUGCCAGGGGACACCGGGGGCCUGCAGUGCCCAGCCAUCUGCACCUGCGGCCACGAUGACUACACAGAUGAGCUCAGCGUCUUCUGCAGCUCCCGGAACCUCACACGGCUGCCCGACGGGAUCCCCGACAGCGCCAGGGCCCUGUGGCUGGAUGGCAAUAACUUCUCCUCCAUCCCCGAGGCAGCCUUCCGCAACUUCUCCAGCCUGGGCUUCCUCAAUCUGCAGGGCAGUGGGCUGGCCAGCCUGGAGCCCAAAGUGCUGUUGGGCCUGCAGAACCUGUACCACCUGCACCUGGAGCGGAACCAGUUGCGCGGCCUUGGGGCUCACACCUUCCUGCACACGCCGGGUCUCGCCUCACUUGGCCUCAACAACAAUCUCCUCAGAAGGGUGGAUGAGGGCCUCUUCCGUGGCCUGGCCAACCUCUGGGACCUCAACCUUGGCUGGAACAGCCUGGCCGUGCUCCCCGACACCGUGUUCCAGGGCCUGGUCAAUCUGCGUGAGCUGGUCCUUGCAGGCAACAAGCUGACCUACCUGCAGCCCCCCCUCUUCCACGGCCUCAGCGAGCUCCGCGAGCUGGACCUGAGCAGGAACGCUCUGCGGGCCAUCAAGGCCAACAUCUUUGUCAAGCUGCCCAAGCUCCAGAAGCUCUACCUAGACCACAACCACAUUGGCGCCAUGGCCCCGGGGGCGUUCCUGGGCCUGAAAGCUCUGCGCUGGCUGGACCUGUCACACAACCGUGUGGGCGGCCUCCUGGAAGACACCUUCCCAGGCCUGCUGGGCCUGCACGUCCUGCGCCUCUCACACAACGCCAUCCCCAGCCUGCGGCCCCGCACCUUCAAGGACCUGCACUUCCUGGAGGAGCUGCAGCUGGGCCACAACCGCCUCAGGCAGCUGCCGGACAAGGCCUUUGAGGGUCUGGGCCAGCUGGAGGUGCUCACACUCAAUGACAACCAGAUCCAGGAGGUGAAGGCGGGGGCCUUCCUCGGCCUCUCGAACGUGGCCGUCAUGAACCUCUCCGGCAACUGUCUACGGAACCUUCCAGUGCGAGUGUUCCAGGGCCUGGGCAAGCUGCACAGCCUGCACCUGGAGGGCAGCUGCCUGGGCCGCAUCCGCCAGCACACCUUCGCUGGCCUCUCCGGGCUGCGUCGGCUCUUUCUCAAGGACAACGGCAUCACGGCCAUUGAGGAACAGAGCCUGUGGGGGCUCCCUGAGCUCCUGGAGCUGGACCUCACCUCAAACCAGCUAACGCAGCUGCCCAGUCAGCUCUUCCAGGGUCUUGGCAAGCUGGAGUACUUGCUCCUGUCCCGCAACCGGCUGUCGGCACUGUCAGCAGAAGUCCUGGGGCCCCUGCACUGCACCUUCUGGCUGGACAUCUCGCACAACCACCUGGAGGCCCUGCCCGCGAGCAUCCUUUCGCCGCUGCGGCUGCGCUACCUCAGCCUCGGGAACAACUCGUUGCAGACCUUUGUGCCACAGCCUUCGGGCCUGGAGCGCCUGUGGCUGGAGGGCAAUCCCUGGCACUGUGGCUGCCCCCUCCAGGCCCUGAGGGCCUUCGCCCUGCAGCAUCCCACUGUCGUGCCCCGCUUUGUCCAGGCCGUUUCCGAAGGGGAAGACGGCCAGCGACCUGUGUAUACCUACAACAACAUCACCUGCGCCAGUCCCCCCAGCAUCUCGGGGCUCGACCUGCGUGAUGUCGGUGAGGACCACUUUAGUCAUUGCUGAUCCAACGCUUAUCCAGGCCAGAUACUGCCCUGGAGUCAGGACAAGCCCUUGCCAUCCCCGGAGCCUGGUGGGCGCCCUACCCCGCAACUCCCGGAGGCCAGGCCCACACUGCUUACUUGUUGGGGGUUCUUCUCAGGGAACACACGGUCCUGGGGUUUGCUGGCCUGGCACCUGAGGGCAGAUCAGGAGGAUCGGGGGCACAGCUGUCACCCAUUAAAAGCAAUGGAAUAAACAUGCCUGUGCCCACAGGGAUGAAACUUGGCGGAGAGAGGAAAGCAUCCGUUGGGGCACCUGUGGAACGCUCCUGCUGCCAGCUCAGCCCACCCCGGGGGUGCCUCGGUCCCUCUGCCCUUCCACUCCCCUCCGAGCUUGGACUCUUCAUGCUCUCCCACCCUGGUCCCCGGACGCCCACCUCCACCUGAGGAGAGGAGGGCAUUACUCGGGUCCUUGUUAGGUCGCGUUCUCUCGGAGGCGGCCCAGCCCGGGAGCCGAAGCACAGCAGAGGCAGCCUCAGCCCCAGGAGGCCCAGCAGCUGGUGUCAAACGGGGCCAGAGCAGGUGCCAAUCCUCUCUCCCAGCCAAACCCCUUAAUGGCGCUUCCUUCCCCCUCCCCCCACCUCUUCCUCUUGGCACAGCCCCCUUCCCCAGUACCCCAACAUCCAUGGAAAUGGUACCGAAGGUUGCCCUGCUGGACACCCCCACCUCAGAGCUGCUACACCUCCUCUGACAGCCCUUCUUCCCUCGGAAAGAGCGGCACCCCCGCCCUUCUUCUGCUUUGCAGAAUGGACUGCCCUCCUGCCUUCCUGGGACUGACUGCAUUUCACACUCCUCUGCCCUUAGCUCUGCCCUAGGUCCCUGCAGUGUGGAGGCCGGCUGCGGGCCCCCAUGCACACGUUUCUCUGACAUAUCAAAUUCCCCUGCAAACACACCCUCACCCUAAUCCUCAGGGGCCUGUUGAUAACCAGCCUGCUGGUCCAGCCCGGGUCUUAGGGUGAACGCUGCCUGCUAUGGCACACAACCAGUCAUACACCGAGGUUGGACAAAGGCGGAAUGACCUAGAAUAUCAGACUUAUAACCAUGGUGGCAGGACACAUUUAAUUGUGGGCUCUGAAGUUACUACCUUACAGGGUGCUCCCGUCCUCAAUCACAAUCACUCACAGCCCCACCAGCAGCCAGGCACUUGAGGACGACAAAGUCCCCAGCCAACCUACAGACCCACAAGCUUUGUGGACAAUGUGGAGGUAUCAGGAGUGGCCUGCCCGUCUGGGGCAUGUGAGCGCCACGGCAUGAAGAGCGAACGCGCAGGCACCGAGCUCAGGCCAUGGCACUAAACCCCUCGCUCUCCCCAGGGCCUGCAACAGGCCAAGCCAGCAGACCACUCGCUGGCAGUGGCUCUGGUGCCCAGCUGCUGCUGAAGCAC